GCCACGUGCGCCGUGGCCCAAACCCGUCUCCCUCUUCAAGUCCAAAUUCGCAGACUCGAACGGAAAGCUAAUUUUCAUCGUCGUUUUGCUUUCUCCCCCUACUCCGCUCGCCAUUGAGACCGCACCGGAACCUUCACACCGGGUUUUCGGCGGCAAUGGCAACUUUCCUUGUGUAAGUAACAAGACCCAUAUCUUUCUUCAACCUCGAACCUUCAACUAUCAACCAUGUGGUGCUACUUCCGCUCCAACAAAUUCAAAUCUAUUUCACUCCGUACACCAAUUCCCAUUGUUCCUCUUCGUUUCAUCUUCGCCGUUGAUUCUCCUCUUCAGUCCUACACCGUCACGCCCCCCAUCAAACCCUGGCCGCAGCGUCUCUAUCCCAAGCGCCUCGUCUCUAUGAUCAUUCGCCAACAAAAUCUCGACCUCGCCCUUCAAAUCUUCCACUACGCCGGUAAAUAUCAUCCCGGAUUUUCCCACAACUAUGAUACCUAUCAUGCCAUCAUUUAUCGUCUCUCUCGCGCUCGAGCUUUUGAACCUGUCGAGUCUUUGCUCCUGGAAUUGCAGAAUUCUGGUAUCAAUUGCGGUGAGGAUUUGUUCAUUACUGUGAUUAGAAGCUAUGGGCUUGCGGGUCGCCCGAAAUUGGCCGUUAAAACAUUUCUACGUAUUCAAACCUUCGGUGUUCGACGCUCGGUGAGGUCGUUGAACACGUUGCUCAACGCUUUGGUACAGAACAAUCGGUUUUCUUUGGUUCAUUUGUUGUUUAAGUAUUCCAGAUCCAAAUUUGGGGUUGUGCCUAAUGUGUUUACUUGUAACAUUUUGAUCAAAGGGCUUUGCAAAAAGAAUGAUGUUGAGGGUGCACGGAAGGUGUUUGACGAAAUGCCUGCCAUGGGUAUGGUUCCAAAUGUGGUUACUUAUACUACAAUCUUAGGUGGUUAUGUUUCAAGAGGCGAUAUGGUUGGUGCCAAGAGGGUUUUUGGUGAGCUUUUUGAUCAUGGGUGGCUUCCUGAUGCCACUACUUAUACAAUUUUAAUGGAUGGGUACAUUAAGCAAGGCAGGUUUACUGAUGCUGUAAAGGUGAUGGAUGAAAUGGAGGAAAAUGGGGUCGAGCCAAACGAUGUUACUUAUGGAGUCAUUAUUGAAGCUUAUUGUAGGGAGAAAAAGUCUGGCGAAGCACUUAACCUGCUUAAUGAUAUGCUUGAAAAGAAGUAUAUUCCAAGUUCGGCACUUUGCUGUAAGGUGAUUGAUGUUCUGUGCAGUGAGGGAAGGGUGAAGGAAGCUUGUAAGCUGUGGGAAAAGCUUUUGAAGAAAAACUGUACUCCGGAUAAUGCUAUUACAAGUACCCUUAUUCAUUGGCUUUGCAAGGAGGGGAAUAUAUGGGAAGCACGAAAAUUAUUUAAUGAGUUUGAGAGGGGCUCAAUUUCAAGUUUAUUAACAUAUAACACGCUCAUUGCAGGAAUGUGUGAGAUGGGGGAGUUGUGUGAAGCUGCUAGGUUGUGGGAUGACAUGUUGGAAAAGGGUUGUAUGCCUAACCAAUUUACUUAUAACAUGCUGAUAAAAGGAUUUCUUAAAGUUGGUAAAGCUGAGGAAGUGAUUAAAUUAGCGGAGGAGAUGUUGGAUAAGGGAUGCUUGCCAAACGAGUCUACUUACUCAAUAUUGGCUGAAGGGCUUCUCAAAUUGGGAAAAGGAGGAGAAUUCUUGAAUAUUCUUUCGAUGUUUAUCUCAAGCGGAGUUGUUGACUUUAAAGCCUGGCAUCUCUUUGUACCGCAGUUUGUUUCUAAUAUCGAUGAACAAGCAAAUAUGCUUGACAAAAUAUUGAUUGAAACUGUUAGGUAGAAAUUCUUUAGACUUACAAAGAGAUGCUGAAGGUUUAGCCUUUCAUAUAGAGAAUGUCCUGUGGGUUGAAAUACUGCUAAUCUGUUCUCUCUUCUGGCCCUCCAGGUUAAGUGAAAGAAACUACUAAAACCAGCCAUUUGUUUGCAGAUAUUGAUUGGUAGACCAUCUGAGAUGAAUACGGUCAAGUGUUAUUGAGAUAUCCUUUAGAAUAUGUUUGAUGAAAUAUUUUACUAUGCAACUAGGCAUACAUUUUUCGAACUUGAGGUUGUUCUGCUGAUGUGCUAUGUGCCCAUUGGACUGUACAAAUUGUCUUUUCAAGGUUCUUCCAAAGGAAUACAAGUUGUGGUAGUAUUUUUAUAAAAUAUUUUGCGACUCAUUCGUCGUGCAAGAUAUUCUCUAUGACAAAGUUGAUUCUCGACUCAAGUAUCACUCAUUGUAAAUUUAGGUCUCUGCUUACUGCUAUGCCAUGAGAGUAGAUAGGUUUUUAAGUUGGAUGGCCUCUCUUUUCUGAUUACAGUUAUGCCUCAUUACAAGUUUGCUACUACCUCCAAUGCCAUGAGGUCAGGGCAGUACCUCUAACCCGUCUUGCAUUUUGACCGACUCAACAAACCCCUUUCAGGCUGACCUCCAGCAUCCUGUUGAAGGGUGAGACAGAGAUCUCUAUGGAGCCUAGAUCGCUCCUCCUUGUAUUAGAAAUAUGCAGGCCGAGUUCAAAAACCUUCAUUGGGCAAUCUUUACUGAGGCAAACUUACAGUAGGAUGGAAUGUUGAGUUUGGCUGCUGUGAGAGUGCAUGAAAGGUCUGCCAUCAACAAGAAUCCAUGACCAUCGAGCUGCUCAGUUGCAGGGUGCAACAAGGAAAGGCAGAGGCCAAGACAACCUAAUGAGGGGUGAACAGGUAAAGGUGCAUUGAUCGAGUUUCUUCAUAAUCUUUGACCAUCGAAAAAUUGAGGUGGAAUAGCUGUUUGAUAUUGAUUGUAAGAUCUGACUGUUUUCUACUUGAUACAAUUUGAAGGUAUGUUCGCCAUCACUUUUUCAGAAAAUAUUCUUUUGUCAUUGUCCGUCUUUUUUCCCCAGAACUGUAAUGGCUUCUUCUCAGAUGGUAUUGAUUGAAUGCCAAUUUUUUACAUUAUAUGAACACAUUCUGGUUCACUUAUUGUCAUUCCGAGAGUUACAAGGUACUUGCUUAAGUACGCCAUUGAUGGAGGCUUUGGAGGAUAUUGAUUAAUAAUUUCACCUGUGAAAUUGCUUUGAUGUGUACUUGCAUGCAAUUUUUGGAGCUUGGAAUGUUAUGCAAUGUUAUACUUAUAAUUAGAUGUGGCAGAAUGAUUUAACACGUGUUGAUAUUCAAUAGUUUAAUGGUUUUCCUUGCUGAUUUAACUUCCAAUUAGGUUCCAAGAGUUAAUAAUGUCAUUUGGGAUUUCCCCACUAUCCUUCCUCCAGGAAAUUUGAUUAUUCUUCUGGUGUGUAACAUUUUCACUUCUUCCAACAUGGGAAAACUGCAAUACCAAUCUAUUUCUUUAUUUUAUUAGUGAUAAGAAACCCUCGAGCAGCUGCAACGACUCCAUAUGCAGUUCAGAUUUGGUAAGGAUUGUUGAUUUAAUUCUCAUUCCGAAUUAGAUUUAAGUGUUGAAAUGAUAUUUUGAACUCUUGGAACUCAUUUGUUGUUAGGAUUGGGUAAAUUUCGAUGUAUCCAAUUAGGUUUCAGCAAGGUGAACACAUUUCAGAUUAGUUUGGACUCGAUUAAAGUGUCUUGGAUCAGUUUUAACUUAGGUUGUAGUUUUGGAUUAAUUCAGGGUGAUUAGUUAAGGUUUAUGGUAGAUUUUAGGUAAGAAUAUUCUUAUUGAAAAUCUCUUGAUGUAUAUGGAAAUUGAGGUUACUCAUUUUCUGUGCAUAUGGAAAUUGUAUUUUCCCUCCGUCAGGCCUGCUCGAGCCGGCUUCUUGCAAUCCGUUAUGCAAUAUUUUCACUCUACAUACAUAUUUGCUGGUCUUAUUUACCCCGUACUUCUUGCACACUCAUUUUUCUUCUAAUUAUUUCUUGGAAUAUUGAUUAAUAUCUAUUUUAUGAUUUAGUUGUUUGUUGAAUCUUGAUGGGUUGUAACGGGAGGAUGAUGAUCAGAAGCAACCCACACCCAGCUUUCGACAAGGGAUUUUCCCCAUUGGUUGAAGACGAGGAUUCUUUUUUGGAAGAAUUAAUAAUGAUAGCAUAGCUAGAUGGUAAGAACGUUUAGCAGAAAAAAAAAAAAAAAAAGCUUUUGGCGUCCCUCCUUCAGAUAAUUUUAUUGUCCCUUGUCAUGCUUUCAAGAACAACAUUUCUUUUCUAGAGGUUCGGGAAUCUGUGUUUCAAACCCACUCUUCCUGACAAAUCCAAACACAAUUUCAUUUUGUAAUUAAUUUAUUAAUAUAUUUCAUUGCA